UCGCGGACAUAUAUGCUCAAAAAGGUCUGGACAAAUUAGAGGAGACUCUUCCACUAGUCAAGCGGCAACCCUCGGAGAUAAUCGGUGAGAUUAGACUGUCGAGCUCACAGACGGUGGAGUCGGCUAGAGCUGCUGGGUACCGACAGUUAGACAGGGCUCUGCGCACGCGUUGUGGGCGGCUACUGCUCACGGCCAUGGACAGUGCAGUCAGCACAGGCGAGAGAUAUCUCAACCAGCAUCUACCUGCGCCACCUACCGGCGCCCAAGCGAAUCAAGACGCCCCUUCUGUGGAAAUUUGUGUUGGGUUUAUAACUGCCGAGAUCGCAGACUCAAUCGAACAACAAGAGCAAGGACAACAGCAUCAACGGCAACAACAGCAGCAGCAGAAACAACAGCAACAGCAGCUGAGACAAUUCUUAUCUAUUCUAGAAAGGAGUCACGACCUUGUAUCGAUACAGGUGCCUAGACUCGCCGAGCAGGCAUCAGUAGUGCUUCAUAGAACCAGCCAUCAUCCGAUAGAGGAGAUUCAGCAUCUUCUUCAGCUGUUUGUGAACGCCCUGUUUGCCCUUCCCGGAUUCAGUCUGCUGGUGUUCAACGAAGAGUCUCGCACGCUACUCCGUCACGUGAUCCCCGCAGCAGACGAAAACCACAACUCCGCCGCCAUCGACCUCAUGACGUCACGCGGCGACGACGACGCGCGCGAUCACGUGAACGAACCGGCGAUCACGUGGUCGGACGAUCACCGCGAAGCUGCACUGACCAUCCCCGCGGCGGCGAGGUCGAGCGAGGAGGAUGACCGGUCGGCGGCCGUCGGCCAGGCAGCGUGCGGGGCGUCGGCGACGGAGACGCACACGUGGUGCGUGAAGUCAGGCGUGUCUCUGUACGACCUGGCGAUGACGUACGCUCGUGAGGCACAUCUCUCUACCGGCGCAGCAGAGAACCAGCCGAUCGCGGGCGCAUCGUCGUUAGAUGACGUCAUAGUCACACAGCUAGAGAACGUGAGUGAUCAACAGAUAAACAACGUGAAUGACCAACAGAUGAACAACAUAAAUGAUCGACAGAUGAGCAACGUUGGUGAUCAACAGAUAAGCAAUAUGAGUGAUCAACAGAUGAACAACGCGAAUGAUCAACAGAUGAACAAUAUGAAUGAUCAACAGAUGAACAAUGUAGGUGAUCAACAAGUGAACAACGUAAGUGAUCAACAAGUGAACAACGUAAGUGAUCAACAAGUGAACAACGUAAGUGAUCAACAAAUGAACAACGUAGGUGAUCAACAGAUGAACAACGAAAGUGAUCAACAGAUGAACAACAUGGUUGAUCAACAGAUGAACAACGAUGGUGAUCAACAGAUAAACAAUGUGAGCGAUCACGAUGCACACCACGUGACGGAACCACACCUGGACAACGCGACGGAUACACAACUUGACCACGUAAUGGAGUUACACCUGGAUGACAUGAAAAGUUCUCAGCCGGACAUUGUGGGAGAUUCACUGCUUGACAUCGUCAUGGAGUCACAUCUAGACACCGCGGGACACACACAACUGGACACGGUGACAGAAUUCCAGCAACACAGUGUCAUCAAGUCGACCCACAUGCAGCCAAUGAGAGAGCAUGAGCAGGGAGAAGCAUUAACAGAACACGGGGCAGUGGAGGCAGCCGCCGGGGCAGCCUGCUCGACAGCCGACCACAGCAUUCACACUGUACCCGACAGCGACGCCACGAGGGGGCGCAGUGAUCGUCUCGUAGAGGGAGCACACGUAAGCGAAAAGGAACUUGCCGUUACCAUGGCAGCGGUCGAUGCACGGGAUCGAGGGACGCUGAUGAGGCAGAAUCAGCAGGAGGUGACGCUAGACGGGCGUGAAACGCCGGCAGUGCCACUAGAGACUGGCACGUCGCGGAGAGAUGACGACAGUCUAAAAACCAACGACUACGUUGUCGAACCGAAAGAUGGCGGAGAAAAUAAAAUACAGGACGACGCAACAUUCGAUAACAACAAAGAGAAACAAAAUGGCGGACACGAGUUACAGCAGACGACAGGCUCAACCGCCGAGCAGGGCGAGUUACAGCCGAAGACAAAGCCUCAAAUCAGACGAGUUCUGAAGACAGUGAUUACGACAAAACAGGAGUUUCUAGUGGUCAAAAAAAUACAAAAGAAAAACAAAGCGCCCGUUGAGCAGGCGAGCUGUGAUGACAAGAACUCCGUGGAAGCGAAAGCUGAUCAUCUGCAUCUAGACGUUAAACCAUCAGAUAAGGAACUAGAACGAACGAAUACGGUCUCAGACGCAUGUAAUACAGCGAGCGAUGACAACACUAACCGAACGAAGUGGAAUGACGUGGAGAACAGUGCCGAGACAGAAAUAUCAGGUGAGAACGAAUCAGUGAGUUCAUCACUAGAUGUAAUAAAUGCAUCACGUGAAGGUGACAGUUGUGAUGAAGCAAACACCUGUGAUCAGGUGGAAAUAGACGUAGACGAGGUAAAUAAGAAUCAAAUCAUUUCCAGGGAACAUUGCAAUGCAGGAGAACUAACUACAACCCCACGGUUAGCGACCAGUGACAGUGAUGCUGGAGCGUGCCCAUCCAGUGAAGCAACAGCAGCGCCCCCUGCACACGUAGAAACAAAACACGACGAGAUGGGAUUGGAGAGAUCAGACGAUAAACAACAACACACGGUCGAUGUCCGUCCUACAUCUGAUGCCCAUAGUCAGCAACAUGAUGUGGAAGCAAUAAUGCAAGUGUCAACACAGCAGGCUGAGUGGCACGAUAGCUGGACAGCGUCUCCUGCCACUGAUAGCAGCAGCAUAGAAAAAGACACCAUACUCUGUCCCCAAGAAACACGCUACGAUAACGUAAAAACGAAACCGGAUGAACUGAAUCGAGAACCAAAAUCAUCAGAGAUCACAAAAUCAACGGCGAAAGUAUCACACGCAAGAAAUGCACCCUAUUGUAAUAUAGAAACAAUGAGGUACGAGAAUACAAAGGUCGGUGAAAUUAAUCAAAUUCAAAUCAUUCCCAAUGAACCUUACAAUACAGAACAAACGUCUUCAACCGCCGGAUCGGUGGUCAAUAGUGAUAGUGUACUUAGUCAACUCCAAGCGUGUUCAUCAGGUAAAUCAAGAGAGGCACCUUUAGAACAUAAGGACACAGAACAGGAGACAGCCGGAGUGAAGACACUUCCAGCUGAAUCAGGACAUGCGGUCGAUGUCUCUGAAGCCCUCAGUAACAAACACGACGAUGACGCAAUAACGCACGAAUCAACACGACAUAUAGACUGGAACGAUCCGCCAGCAUCACUGCACGACCACGACCACGCUCACAGCUACAGCGACCGUGACGUAGAAACAGCCGCCGACAACAAAAGAAUACGUCACCGCCGACGGUUGCACAGGCAUGACGUCGGCCAGCAAUACUCAGCCGUAAGUUACGACAAUUCAUCGGUGACCGACGACAAACACACACGAACCGACCCGCUAGUUCCACCAAUGCUGCGAGGAGAAGAACAGGAAGAGGCAAGCCGCACAGAGCAGGAAACUUCCAGAAGUUCCACGGAGAAACAGGAAGGCGUGCUAGACAACCGAGUCCAGCGCGUGGCAGGAGAGAAGGAAGUGAACUCGAUCGUGAAAACGGACAGCGAGUCUGUAACAACAACGAUGGACAACGACAAGGAUACAAGCAUGGGCGUGGAAGCCCCGUCAAUGACACAGAGCGCAGACGGCAAACAAGCGAGAGAGCUGCAGCAGAGGACUUCCAAAGGACAGCAAAAGACUUCAAGAGAACCGCAAAAGACUUUCAAAGGACCGCGAAAAACUUUCAAAGGACAGCAGCAGAUUUUCAAGAGUUCUACAGAGAUGCAGGAGGCCGAGCUCACUGAUCAUGCGCACGACCAGACGGUGGACAGGUAUACCACCGACGCGAAACUAACAAAUACUUCUGCAGACAAACAGGUGACGUCACGGCCUGACGUCAUCGCAGCUCUUUCUGUUCAACCGGCGACGGCUGCAGUAGAAAUAGCAAACAGGGACGGCGAUGGUGACGCGCGAGGGAACAAACAAGCGCCAUGCGAUGUCCAACACAUGGAUAGCCGGGAAGCCGCGAACGUUACCAGACGUAAACAAUCAAUCACGCGCGCGUCUGCACCGCCAAAACCCUCCUCAUCGGAAACGAGCAACCAGCCAGGAGCAGACGUUUCUGCCCACGCGCAUGGGCGCCGCGCGAAACCGGAUGUGACGACACGAGACGCUCGCCGACCUCCGGCAACGACUCGACGACGCGACACAAACCACGUGACUAACCCGGAAGCAGGCGAGGCAGAGGGCGCCACCGCGACCCGUGCAGCAACAGCAGCGAAACCCCGAAGAUCCCGGAAUAGACCUAAGCGGUUGACGGAAGAAGAGCGGCCAUCGCAACAUCAAUAUAAGAACAGCGGAGCGGGGAAGCCAGCUGGGGAGGGUGGCGGGGAGGGUGGACAGACGUCUAAACAGCUGGUGAAGAUCGGGGAUCCUCGCAGUGGAUGA